AUGGGCACGAGUAGCUUGAAAUUAUAGAAGUAUGUCCUGUUUUUCUUCAACUUGCUCUUUCGGUUCUGUGGCUGCUGCACUAUGGGGAUGUACCCGCUGAUCCACAACAGCUUGUGAAUGCUCUUCCAUAAGCUCCCCUCCCUCACGCUGGGCAAUGUGUUUGUCAUCGUGGGCUCCAUGAUCACGGUGGUGGCCUUCCUGGGCUGCAUAGGCACUGAAGAAAACCAGUGCCUGCUUAUGUCCUUGUUCAUUCUGCUGCCGAUUAUCCUCCUUGCCGAGGUGACCUUGGCCAUCCUGCACUUUGUUUACGAACAGAAAGGUUGCUAUGCAAAAGUGAGACUGUAGUUUCACACCAAUUUCCUGUAUAUCAGAAUCAUCACCAUCUGUGUAUGUGCAUUCCAGGUGGUAAGGAUGUCCUUUGCACUGACCCCAAACAGCCAGAUUGAUAAAACCAGUUAGGCCCUGGGGGUGUGA